AUGUAUUACGAUGAAGUUUUACAACCGUUUGAGAAUGUUGGAAUCGCCCAAGGUGAUGCAGCUUCGCCGUUAACCAUAAUGGAUUUAUGCGAACGGCUCACAUACACAACCUUUUUAUGCGCCUUAAUGUCCUAUCACGGGGUCUUUUUAGAUCGAACCCGCUUUGACGCCUUUUUGACAAAUCUCGACGAGCAAAAAGAGGAAAUUUUUCAAACAGCGGAACUUUGUUGGUCUGAGCUGCGGCGUGGAAGGUCCUUGGCAGAGGAAAGUUCACUGCGAAUCGAAUUAGCGAGUUCAGUAUCGUCUCCAUCUCACUCGACUAUCUCACCUAUUAAGGACCUAACGAACAUCCCUCCCUUGGAUACCAUCAAUCCUCUCAAACUUCUGGAGUUGUUCUGCGAAGAGCUUCCACCUGCCGCCGCCGAAGAGGCCAUGCUAAAAACCAAAUCCGCCACCCUCGUGCGUUCCGACAGAACGGCAUGCGGGGCCUCAGUGAUUAUCUCGUCAGAUUCCAUCCUGGUUCUCACCUUCGCGCGAAGUCUCCUUGAAUGGCUGGAAAAGAAUACAGGUCCUGACAGUGAGCUGCGAACGCUCUCUUUUGCAAUUACUAAUAUCAUUUGCCUCUCCAAGUGCUGGUUAGCGCUUCACGAGCGCCAGAUGUUCCGGAAAAGCCUUUUAGAAAUGUUUAAUUUAAACGAAACCCCCGUGCGAGUCCAUGUGGCAUAUCUUGAGGGUACCCAAACUUCUAAUUCUAAAAAAGUGGAGAUCGCGUACUCAAUUCAUCCGCGAUGGGUACCGCACGGUUCCACAACUGGCCGUAUAUUUUCCGCAGCGCCGAAUGUGCAGACGAUCCCAAAAAAGCUUCCAAUCGCCAGAUUCUCUAUUCCAAGGCAUCCAACUAACUGUAAUAUUGACACUAAUAAGCACAAUCUUCUCCUUGAAUCAAAAGACGAUAACUUUAGCUUGCUCUUUAAAGGACAGCCUCGGUGGGGUUUACGCUGCUUAUACUGCGCGCCGCCAGGCUGCGUGCUUGUCUCGCUCGAUUUUAAUCAAAUCGAGCUACGGGUUCUUGCUCAUCUUAGCCAUGAUGCGACUUUGUUAAAUCAAUUGCAAAAUCGAUGCGAUGUUUUAGAAUUGAUCGCAAGGACUGUAUACGGUCUUUCCACUAAAGAAUCAGUUGAGGAAAUUCAGCGGCAAUCAAUGAAGAUUAUCGUUUAUGGUAUACUGUAUGGGAUGGGGACAAAUAGGAUGGAUCAUCAGCUGCGUAUAAUGCGGAGCGCCUUUUUAAAACACACACAAAGUUCUGCUGCGACUACGGAGGUGAAGAAUCUAAAAGAUAAGCUUACCGAACUCCUUCAAACGGAGGAAACGGAAGCUGCUGAAAAUCUAAGGAGUUUACCUAGCUUUCAAGAGCAUUUUGACGGCUCAAUCACCGCGUGCGAGCUCAUUCAAGCUUUUUACAAGUCCUAUCCAAGGGUUCGUCAUUAUCUUCUUCAUACUCUACAACAAGCAGCACAGAAUAAAUCGCUAUCGACUCUCUCCGGUGUGCUGCCAAUCUUUGAUCAGCCAAAUCCCACCAGACAACGGCAGGUGAACGCCGCCUUCGCUAUUCAAGGCGGGGCCUCAGAUCUUUUGCAGGCCUCCAUGCGAGCUAUUCAUCAACAGCGUCAUGAAUUAAUCCCUUUUCUUCCAGUUUCCCCCAUUGCAUUGCUUAUAUCGGUUUAUGAUCAAUUAAUAUACGCAGUUCCGAGUGGAGCAAUUUCGAUCGUCGCGCCUCGUCUUAAACGGAUUAUGAUAGAACAAGGGGAAGCUCUAGGGCUUACCGUUCCAUUGGAUGUUUCUGUAAAAGUAGGUCCAAACCUCGGAGAGUUAGAGAAAACGGAGUAUUAG